UAUAGCAGUCUUUUUAAAUGAGGAUUAAGUCGUUAAGGACGGGCGGUCACACAUACACACAAAGCUGAAAAAAGAUUCGCUGGAAUACAACUAAACUGCUGGAGAGAGUAAUUAUAUGUGUUCUCCACGUUUUGGCGCGCGCUAUAACGCGUUUGGACGCACGACGCGUGCGGUGCGCUUUUGGACAGACAGUGUCGCCGUUUGUGGAGUGCAGUGUCGCCUCCCAAAGAAUCGAUGCAAAUACAAGGAAAAACGGGUCCCGACCUGCUGCGCAUCAGGACGCACCGGACGAGUGACAGAGAAGCGAUCUGUGUUUCCCAUUAAUAAAUGAUGGUGCCAUUGAGCGUCUGUAACGCGAACCGCGCUGGACUUGACUGCUCACUGCUUUCACUAGACAAAAGAUCGCCGCAGCCAAAUAAAAUCCACGGACGCUGUGGAAGGCUUCUCGCAUGUUUUGGUUGAUUGUAAGAGUCAGUCGUCUCUGAGGGAUAAUUAUAGACAUUGACUGGAUGCAGAACGCGGUUCUCCAAUGACCUGUCACUCAUCCGACUCCACGGAAAGCAUCGAGAAUGAAAGAAGAUCGCAAUCCGAAACCCAAGUCGCCGACACCGAGCAGAGUCGCAUUGCCACUGCCAUGAGAGACCUUAAAAACACUGCAGGCUGGUAUUGGGGCAGCCUGACAGCCAAUGAAGCCAAGGAGAUCCUCCAGGACACGUCGGAAGGGACGUUUCUCGUCCGGGACAGCUCUCAGAGGGACUACCUCUUCACCAUCUCCGCCAUGACAUCUGCGGGACCGACCAACCUGCGGAUCGAAUACAAGGACGGCAAGUUCAAGCUGGACUCUGUGGUGCUGGUCAAACCCAAACUCAAGCAGUUCGACAGCGUGGUGCAUCUCGUGGAGCAUUACGUGCAGCUGUCCCGGACGUCUUGUAAAGGCAGGACUAACCAAAUCGCCCCGUCCAAUGGUACCGUGCAGCUGCUUCUCACGACUCCGGUGUACACGGCCACGCCGUCCCUGCAGCACCUGUGCCGCAUUGCCAUCAAUAAAACCACACGACGGGUACAAGAACUUCCUUUGCCUAACCGGCUGAAGGAUUACCUGACAGACUACACUUAUAAUGUAUAGAACCGCAUGGACAACUGUGACCACAAGUGCUGAACUUUUAUCGAUCAUAGAUCCAAUGUAAAUGGGGUGCUGAAGUCUUGUUUAGGAUCAUUUGCCUGCGAUCCCUCUUCAUGUGCCCAAGGACUACUUAAAGGACUUAAAAGUGAGCAUUCUGUCAUUAUUGUUUCCCCUUAUGUCAUUCCAAACCUUUUUUCUCCUGUUAAAAAAAAACAUAUGUCAAUGAUAGUCAAUGGAAUCAAACACACAGCACUAGAUUGCACUGACUCUCAUUGAAUUUGCUAAAUUUUCCCAUUUCUCAGGUUUGGGAUGUCAACAGGGCGAGUAAAUAAUGACAGAAUUUGUAUUUCUGGUGAACUAUCCCAUUAGUGCGCAUAACAUCCUAACUAAUGUUAAGUGUCCUUUAUUGAGCACUUAACAAGUUUAUGGCCUGUAGGUAUUCUGCAGUCAGUUUUAAACGAGUGAGUGAGCAGUAUAAGCUAGGCGCUGCCUACACUGAAACCUGUGGGUUAGGGAAAUCCUUAGGUUACAGCCACCAGAUAUACAAAGUGUGGCCAUGCAUCUCUUUUACAGGACGAGUUCACCCCCAAAUAGGAAAAAGUCAUUCCAAACUCAAUUUUCUUUCUUCUGUGGAGCACAAAAGAAGACAUUUCGAAGAGUAUUGCAGUUGUUUUUCUCUCCAUUUAUUAAAAUUAAUGGACGUUAAGGGACUGUCUUAGGAGCCGUUUACAUUUUUAUGCCCAAAAAGGUAGCAAUGGUCAUACCAGUUCAUUUUUAAAUGACUCAAGAUUUUGAGCUCCUAUGGUGGCCAUUGCAGUCCAAUCUCACGAGGAAACAUAUUGUUUAUUUUACAUUUUGUCAGAUAUGAUUUCAUUAUUAUGAAAAGUAUAGAUUUAAAAGGAGGAGUGCCUCCAGACCCUACCACUAAACCCAACCGUCAUUGCGGAUAUGCAAAUUGUACUAAAAUGUACAAAUGAGAUCAUACAAAUUAGCCACUAAAUUACGUUGGCCAUUGUCAAACAUAAGCUGCAUUUUCCAUUAACAUCAAUGAUAAGUUAAAUGAUUGUACUGUGCAUUUGUUAUCCAUUCACGCCAGUCGGAAACCAGAAAAAAUGUGUAUUGGUCAUUCAUUAUAGCACCCUUUAGGGCCCUGAUAAUUUAGGAAAAAACUUAGGAAAAUAGGUUUAAGUGCAAACAUAACAACAGUUAGGUUUCCAUCACCCUGUUUUAAUGUGCAUUUCGAUGGACUACAUGCGAAAUGAGUCAUAGAAAUGACAAAUAUUUUAUAAAAAUCUCACUUGAGAUGAUGAUUUUGGCAACCCAUGCUCAUUCUGAUUACAUACCCAUAUAUACAUUUCUAGAGAGAGCAAAAUAUGUUCCAGGAGCUACAUUUUUUUCCAGUUUUUGUUUUCGGGAAUCCACCAGUGGAUGCUGUGUAUGCUUGUUCAGAUCCCAAAUUUCUCUUGUGAGUGCCUGCUGUUCUCACGAAUAUUCACCAGAGGCCGCUGUCAACUGACUGGCUGACUGACCAACCGACCAAUCCCCCCGCCCACCCCUUUCCUAAACCCAACCAAUAGUGUUUUAAAAAGCACAGAUUGACCCCGGUCACUUCUUCCCUAAACCCAACUGCAGUGUUUUACAAAGCACAGAUUGACCUUGUGAGACAAGUUAUUAACUUGAAUAAUAGAAGAUGGAAAUGCAUUCGCUGAAUAAAUUCUGAUGUAUGGAAAAUUACACCAAGGUGAUUCCAUUAUAUUUCCCUUGUUUAUGGUUGCUGACUAGAUUACCAAUACUACAGUCAGCCGCUCUAACAGCUGAAACGCACCUAAUUCACAUUUUGCGAAUUUUUUUUUGGCCAACUUAUGCUUAAAAUGCUGAGAGACUUCGCCAACUAGUGGCCUGGCAUGAAUAAUACAGCCAUAUUUGCAUGGGUAUGAAAUGGGAUUAUUUUGUUAUAUUUUUCUUUUUUAGCACGUUUUAGCACAUUUAGCACAGUAAACCCUAAAAAUGGUGGUUCCAAAAGGAGGUUUUCAAUGCAGUGAAACAGAAAGAAACAUUUUUUUUAUUAAGAGCAUGUUACAAGAUCUUUUAUUGCACUAAAAAGAACCCGUUUUUACAACAGAAAUAUUCAAUGGAGAGUAAAGGUUCUUCAACUGGCUUGUAAUUUUACUUUUAAAAUCCUCCAUGGGGACAUUAAUUUAUGUUUGUGUUCCACAAAACAAAGAAAGCUGUAUGAUUUUGCUACAAGGUGAAAGUGAGUAAAGGAUGACAGAAUUUGUCACUUUUGGGGUGAACUCUCCGUUUAUUGCAGCAGGUGUCUGAGAUGUUUUGCGUCCUGUGUUUGAGACAUGGGAGUUUGAAACUGUAUGCUUUUUGAAUAUAUUUUAUUUGCUCUUUAUUCAUGUCAUAUUUUUGUACUGUAGUCUUAGAUGAUCAUUUGACGUCAUGGUUGCCCAAGGAACUGCUGGGAAUUGGCAAGUACCUUGCGAUAUGAUAUACUGUAUAUCUUGAUAUGUGUCAACAUUAUAUUGUAAUACCUACUGAAAGAGUACAUUACAAACUGCCCUUUGUUAAAACAGUUAGAUAAGACAUACACUACAAUUCAAAAUUUUGGGGCCUGUAAUGACAUUUUUAAUGAAAUUAUACUUUCAAUCACCAAAGACAUGUUAUGUUUUAUUGAAAGUUUGACUGUAGACAUUUAAAAUAUGAAAAAAAAUAGUUUGUUGAAAAUUGUAAAGAACUGUUUUCAACAUUGAUUAUAGAAAAUGCUCGCCAAAACAGUAAUCUGCAUGUUAAAUUGUUUCUGAAGGAUCAUGUGGCGCUGAACACUGGAGUAUUGGUGCUGAAAAUGAAGCUUUAAAUCUCAAGAAUAAUAUAGCUUUGUUUUGAUAAACUUUCAAAAUCAUACUGACCCCAAACUUUUGAGCGGUGAAACACAUCAAGGCUUAAUUUAAAAGCUCAAAAUUGCUAAGGCAGGUCCUUGCCAUUCUCCAGGUUUAAAGGGUGUGUACUUCUUUGCAAAUGAAAUAUACCACCGGCUUAGUAUUUUAUUGCACAUUCUAAACCAAGAGGUAAUUUAGCAGCAUGGUUUGUUUCUGCUUUUGUUGCAUAUGGUCAACAAGUAUUGGCCUGUGUAAACCCUACCUCAGGAGGGCGUCUCGAUAAACCUGCAUGCUGAUUGGUCGUAUUUGGUGAAUAUAUUUGAUUCUAUACUGAAUCGUCUUUUUUGACAAAGACCAAAAAAAAGUACAUACUAUAGGUCUUUUUCUAUUCUCCACGCUGCUAUUUGUGGAGAGAUUAUAGGAAAAAUUGGAUUUUCCUGUCAAGUUCCUGACUAAUCUGACCUAUUUUCUGUUUUGGUUUAAUGAAACAUGCAUAACUCUAUCCCUUGAAGAAUGGGUCGCUCAAUGUCCUAUUCAUCACUGUCAUAUUUUUCCCCC